UUCUAUGCAUAACCUCACUCUCCUAGACCUCCUGACGUCGUUGUCAAUCGAGGAAGAGAUUUUAUCAGACAGCUUUUGAGAAAUUAGACUCAGCAGUCCAUUGAUUCAUGAUUACCCUUGAGGAGUUUCGCGGAUAAGAUGCAGAGCUCGUCCUGCGCGAUCUGUAUUUCCCUUUUGGAUCGAAAUGACGAUAUUUUUUCGACCGUUUGUGGACAUGUUUUUCACAUGCCCUGUUUGACACAGUGGCUUGAGAGGUCGAAAAAUUGUCCUCAAUGUCGUGAAAAGCUCUCCAACAAUAAAAUCUUCCGUUUGUACUUCAAUUUCAACGCCAAUGACUCAAUCAAAGAGGAUGCAGGCGCCCUGCAGCUUCGCGUGGACAGCAUGCAGUUCCAGCUGGAUCUGAAAGACGCUUCCAUCAAUGAGAAUCAGAGGAAGUACCACGAGAUGAAGAAACAGAGGGACCUACUGCGUGCUGAGGUCCUCAAGUGCGAGAAUGAACUCACGAAGAAGGACUCAGCCAUCUUCGCUCUGAAGGAGCAGGCCAAGUACUUGAGGAUUGAGGCUGAGGAGAAGAAUGUCAUUGCAGCGAAAUUCGAGAGCUUGAAGUCGAAAAUUGAUGAAUAUAAAGCGGUUCAGAAACUACUUUCGUCCACUGCAAAUGCUGCUGAUGAACUUGUAGCUAGCACUAAUGAUGCCUCCAAACUCGGUGUUUAUGUUUCGGUUUUGAAAAGACAACUAGAAUCUGAAGUUCAACGUCGCAAAGAAUUACGAGACGUGAUAAAGGACCUGAAGGAAGAUAUGAAGAACAUGUCACAGGAGAAAAAUCAACUUGAGGCAGCCAAAACAGGACUGGAGAUAGAAAUUGAUGCCCUCGAGGAGCAGAACAAACGCUUGCGUCAGAAACUGGAGAAAAAUCCACAAACGGGACUAGAGGGUAACGAGGCAGAGGGAGAACGCAAUUCCAGAUCAGAAUUCCCAGCACUGAAACGUAAGAAGCUGAAUCACUCACCGAAAGUGGCACCAAGUACUGAUUCAAACGAUGAGGAGAAUGAUCCCCUCGUGCACAUGCAUUCCUUCAAGGUCACAUCAGCCAAGGAUCACUGCAGCAAUUUGCGUACCAAAGAGCUUCCUUCGAGUUCGAUUUUGAAGAAGAAACAGAGAUUGACUGCAACUGCUACUACAAGACUUCCGAAACCAGACGAUCGUUACGUCCCAGAUGGUCUCGGUGGCUACAUGAAGAUCGAGCAAUUUCCAGUGACAAGACAGGCCAGCAAAUCAAAUUCACCAAGGAAAGGAUCCCUCAAGCGCAAAGUGGACGACUCGAAGAAUCGUAAAAUCGACAGCUACAUAGACCUGACAUAAUUCAAUGUGUUUCUACGAUCGAGGUCGACUAAAUUGUUAAAUAACUGUGAUUGUAAAUCCCUAGAAACGACUGCUAUCAUCGACUCACAUGACCUAACUAAUCAUUCCUCAUUGUAUUACGUUCUUCAUGACUGCUAUAUUUUAUUUACCACUGCAUCAUCCGCUAAAUUUGCUCAUGAGACUUGAAUUUUUAAGAAUGCCCAGUGUACAUUUGAUAUUAAUUUCGUAUGAUUGAAUAAAAUAAAUGA